AUGGUUGUUGAUAUGCUAGGUUCAUUCGUCUCUGCCUUCCUGCAAGUUCUGUUGGAUAGGAUAGCUGGUCAUGAGCUUAUAGACUUCUUCCGGGGCAACCAUCUUGAUGAGGCACUUCUUGUGAAGUUGAAGAUGCUUUUGCUAUCCGUCACUACAGUGAUUAGUGACGCUGAGGAGAAACAGUUUAUUGAUCCCUUGGUGAAAGAGUGGGUUGAUAGGCUUAAAAAUGCUGCCUACGAUGCUGAUGAUGUCUUGGAUGAGAUUGCCACUAAAGCCAUGCAAGACAAGAUGGAUUCUGGUUUUCACACCACCUUAGAUCAGGUAAGAGAUUAUGCUUCUUCUCUCAAUCCCUUUGCUGAACGAGUUAAAUCAAAAGUUGAUAGGAUUGUUGAGAGGUUGAAAUCUAUAAUAGAGCAUAAAGAUCUUCUUGGUCUUAAGGAAAAUGGUGUUGAUAAAUCACUCCAUUUAGCUUCAGCCACAACUUCUUUGGUGGAUGAACAUCGAGUGUAUGGCAGAAGUGGUGAUAGGGAGAAGAUAAUUGAUUUUCUGUUAUCAGGCAACUCAAAUGAAGAAGGGGUUCCUGUGGUUGCAAUUGUUGGGAUGAGAGGGGUAGGUAAGACUACUCUUGCUCAGCUUUUGUACAAUGAUGUGAGGGUGAGGAACCAUUUUCAAUCAAGAUCAUGGACCUCCGUUUCAGAGACAUUGAACGUGUAUGAAAUAACCAAAAAAGUUUUUGAGUCAUUUACUUUAUGGUAUUCUAAUAUCUCAGACUUGAAUGUACUCCAAAUCAAGCUCAAGGAUAGAUUUACAAGACAGAGGUUUCUACUUGUUUUGGAUGGAUUUCAGAAUGAGAACUUUCUUGACUGGGACAUCCUCCAAAGGCCCUUUCUAUCAGGAACCAGCGGAAGUAGAAUUGUUGUCACCACACGUAGUCAAAGUGUUGCAACGGCAAUUUGUGUUGAUUUAACUCAUUCCCUCUCGCUUCUGUCUCAUGAAGACACAUGGAAGUUAUUCUCAAGUCAUGCAUUCAAAUCAGGAAACCCGGAUGAACAUCCUGUCUUGACACAAAUUGGCAAGAAAAUAGUAAAGAAGUGCAAUGGUCUCCCUCUAGCUGCAAAAACACUAGGGAGUCUCCUACGUUCUAAAGAGGAUGCUGAGGAAUGGGAAAGUAUAUCUAAUAGUAGGAUAUGGGAUUUACCAAGUGAUAAGAGUAGCAUUCUUCCUGCUUUAAGAUUGAGCUACACUCAUCUACCUUCUCAAUUAAAGCGAUGCUUUACUUAUUGUUCCAUAUUUCCUAAAGGCUAUGGAAUAAAAAAGUGGAACUUGAUCCAUUUAUGGAUGGCUGAAGGUAUCUUGCCACAACCAAAGACUGGGAAGCGAAUGGAAGAUGUAGGAGAUGAAUGCUUUCAAGAGUUGCUAUCUAGGUCAUUCUUUCAUCAGUCAUCUCACCACAUAUCGUGUUUUAUGAUGCAUGACCUUAUCAAUGAUCUAGCACAGUGUGUUGCAGGUGAAUUCUGUUACAAGCUAGAUGAUGAUAAUCCAAGCAAAAUCACUGUGAGUGUUCGUCAUUUAUCAUAUUUACAAGGCAUAUAUGAUCAUGACCCUGAAAAAUUUGAGGCCCUCUCUGAGUUCCAGCAACUUAGGACCUUCCUACCAUUUAGAUUCUCAGACUUUGGUUACUCCUCUUCAAUUACUAGUAUGGUUUCAAUUCUAUUACCAAAACUGAAACGCCUGCGUGUGCUCUCUUUGUCUCAUUAUCCAAUUACCAAGUUGCAUGAUUCUGUUGGAAACUUAAUGCAUCUGCGGUACUUGGAUCUUUCUUACACUGCAAUUGAGCAUCUACCUGAUUCUGUAAGCACUUUGUAUAACUUGGAGACACUCUUGUUGUUAGGUUGUCGUCGACUCACCAUGUUACCAGCAAACAUGUCCAACCUUGUCAACUUGCGCCAUCUUGAUAUUAGUGGAAGCAGGGUGACUGAGAUGCCAGCAAAAUUUGGUAGACUAAAAUCUCUCCAAGUUUUGACUAGUUUUGUUGUUAGCAGUGACGGGGGAUCAAAAGUUAGUGAGUUGGGGGAGCUUUCUGAACUUCAUGGAACACUUUUGAUUGUGAACCUGCAAAAUGUAGUUGAUGAAAGAGAAGCCUUGAAUGCAGGGUUGAGGAGAAAGAAACAUCUUCAAGAGCUAGAAUUCAAGUGGACGACUACAACUCAUGAUGUACAGAGUGAAACUAAUGUACUCGAAAUGCUAGAGCCACAUCAAAAUGUGAAAAGGCUCAAAAUUCAGAAUUUUGGUGGUAAUAAGUUGCCAAAUUGGUUGGGGAGUUCUUCAUUCUCUAGUAUGGUGUUUCUAUAUCUUUCAGAGUGCGGAAGUUGCUUGUCAUUGCCAUCCCUUGGACAAUUGCCCUCCCUCAGAGAACUCUAUAUAGCAAAGAUGACAAGCCUACAGAAGGUGGGUCCUGAAUUCUAUGGGAAUGCAGUUGAGCCAUUCAGAUCAUUGAAGAUCAUG